AUGAUACAAGCAAGGAUAACCCCAGAGGCUUCACCACAGCAGCGCCACGCCCAGAAGCUCCAGCAAGCCCGUACGCCCCGCCCCGUGGACUCCGCCCGCUCACAGGCUGACGAGGGCGAGCCCACGCCUGCGAUGCUUAUGGAGUACCUCGUGCACCGCCUUCUGCAGCCCGUGUUAGACUUGGCGGCAGGGCACUUCGGCAUCCCCCUCGCGGCCGUCGAUCUGAUCAAACAAAUCGAAGAGCUUCUGGGUGGCAGCCUGACGUCACUCGGCGCAGGAGAAGAGCUGGCCGCGGCGGAGGUGGCGCGCACGGUGGAGGCGCUGGUGCAAGGGACGCGAGCUCAGCUGGACGUCUCCCUGCUGCCAGAGCUCCUGCUGGCACUCAAGGCCGCCCUCAAGCAGGUGGCUGCGGACGGUAUCCUGCAAGGAGGGUGCAUGGAUGUGGUGCAAAGCCUCGCCUCUUACGGUGGCUCCGUCGUCGACUGUUACUGGGACGCCGCCUCCUCCGCCUGGAGCCCCUGGACGCCCGCGCCGCCAGCAGAAGAGGGUGCCGACGCCCACGUGAGGCCGACGCUGGAGAUCGCGAGACUGCAGUGGUUCCUCCAGCGGGUCAUGAAGAGCGGCCUUCCCCUGGCGGUGGCGGGACCUCCGUCGAGCGGCAAAUCCACGACUGUCAUGGCGGUGCUGGCUUCCCUCGCCGGAUGGACGCCCGUGAUAGUGCGAGUGACGCCGACGACCACUCCCGAGGACCUGGAGGAGAUGGUCUUCUCCCGCGUCGCGAGGACGUCCUUCGACACGCUGGCGCCAGACUCGCCCGUCGUCCUCUGCUUCGACGACCUCGGCUGCCUCCCGGCUGGCGGCAGGACUGAGAGCUACGUGCGCGCCCUGGCCUUCCACGGGGGCGUCUACACGCGCGGCGAGCGAGUGCGCUGGACGGAGCUCGUCGACGUGUAUAUCGUGGGCGUCUGCACUCGCCAAGGAAACCAGGCGGAGGGCGGGCUAGACUUGAGUGGGUGGGCGGUGUACAACAUGGGCGUGGAUGAGUCCUCGUGUGCAUCGGCUGUGUCCGCCGCCCUCACGCCCAUCGCCGCUCUCCAGAGCCAGAUCACCGAGGCUCUCACGGUGACCACGGAGACUCUCGCUAAGAAAGUGACGAAACUGCCUGGACUUAGAGAGGAACCUUUCGGACCCGCGAACGCCCAGGCGAUCCUUUGGCACGUGGCCGCCUCCCUCGCUGACCUCUUCCGAAACCCUUCGUCCCUGACUUCGUCUUCGUCUACGGGGACGUUCGUUCUUCGCGCUUGGCUGCACGUUCUCGCCGUUCGUGUCUACCAUCCCGUUCAUUCUGUUAAGACGAGGGAGCGAGUGUGGGCGGAGAUUCAGGCUUGUGUGAACGAAGGCUGCGGCGCCGUGGUGGGGGAAGCGCCCCCUGAGCUCCCUCUCUCUCUGUGGCCCCCUUCUGUUGACCCCGACGCCCCCUUGACCCCGGAGUUUGCCACAGAAGAGGAGGUUACAGCUAGCAUAUUCCGGGCCUUGGAUGCCAAGAACACAGACGGAGCAGCCCAUGGGCACGGGGGCGUGGCCCUCGGGGUGGCUGUCGUGGUAGACGUCCUGCACGCCCUUCUGCACGCCCGCACGGCCAACGCCACGCCGUUCCUACUCCUCGUCGGCCCACCGUCCAAGGACAAGGAUGUUGUUGUCAAUCUCGCUGUUUCCUAUUUGGGGAUCGAGCUGACGACGGUCGGCGCGCGCAAGGGGGCCCUGGCGGCGCUGCAGAAGGGCGAAGACAGAGAGCCCGGCGAAGGAGGAAGGAAGCCUCGUCCCCUCGCCUGGUUUGCCUCCUGCGUCACUCCUUCGCGGCGAGAUUAA